AUGAUUGACGAAAGUUUUCUUCUAAAUGAAAAUGAAGAAUUUGGAGAAUAACUCCUCGAAGAUUUCACAAUCCUCCAAAAAUUGGGAACAGGGGCCUUCAGCAAAGUCUACAAGGUCUUGUACCAGGAUCAAAUCUAUGCCCUGAAGGUUGUUGAUAAAUAAUUGGCUACUGGAAAUAAUAUUGUAGAAAAGCUCAAUCAAGAAGCCUACAUUCUCAACACUCUGGAGCAUCCAAACAUCGUUUAAUAUUACAAGACAAUCGAAUCAAAGCGGAAACUUUAUUUUCUCAUUGAAUACAUUGAAGGGAAGUCCCUCCAGGAAUAUAUUGAUAAAUCAUUGAACGAAUCUCAAAUACGAUAAAUUUUAUAAUAAAUCAUAUAUGCAGUCGCAUAUAUUCAUAAAAAAGGUAUAAUUCAUCGAGAUCUAAAACCUGAUAACAUCUUGGUUGACAAAGAGUGGAACGUGAAAAUCAUUGAUUUUGGCUUGAGUUUCUAAACAAUAAAUUCUACUACUCACGAAACAUGUGGCACUUUAAUUUAUAUGGCCCCAGAGGCUUUGAUGAAGAAGGAAUACUUCAAAUCAGUGGAUAUUUGGAGUCUUGGAAUUAUACAGUAUAUGAUGUUUGCCAUUUGUCAUCCCUUCUGGACCGAUGAUACACGAGAGACAUUCUUAAGGAAAAUGAAAACUCCCUAGUAGGUGUGUUAUCCUUAAAAUAUGAGCAAAGCGGCCAUAUCAUUUUUUGAAAAAACUGCUGCCUGGGAACCUGAAGCUAGACUUACAGCCGAGUAAGCCCUAAUUCAUCCAUGGAUUAGUGGUGUGAAUAGUCAAAUGCCAAUGUCAUCGAAAGAUAUUAUCCAAACAUUUAAAUGCUAGAAUUAAUUCCAUCAAGUACUCUUUUGUUUGAGUAUCAUUUAAAAAGUGAGUUAAAAACGUGAUGUGAUACAAACACAAUAGUUAAGAGCGCACUCCUAGUUUCAAAAUAAUUUACAUCCUCUGAUUGUCAGUUCAAGAAAUCCCAGUUCCUAAUAAAAAUUGAAGACAGAAUCUUAAUAACAACAACCACCAUUGUCUGCGCACAGAACUACGCUAUCAAGAAUGCAGAACAAUUCUUCUUUUCUUAGUUUUUAAGAUGUAUUCUUAUCUUACAAGUAGUAACCAAGAGAAGAUGUGCGAUUGAAAUAGAUGAAGAACAAAUAGCAGUAAUUUAAAUUACCUCCCAUAAAUACCAAGUCUGCUAACAAUUCACCCUAGAAUAGUAAAUCUACUUAAAUGUUUACUUUCAGUCCUUAUAAGAAGGCACAACCCAUUGGAGAACUUAAGAAGUCAUAAUUUAAAUUAUGA